AUGGCGCUUGCUCACGCCCACCACGGCGGCGGCGCCAUCUACACUCUGCUCAACGAAGAUCCACCGUCAGCUGACGCAUUGGCGCGUGCAUGUAGAGCGGGAUGUCUGCCGUACCCCAACCGGCUUGUUCGCCGCCUCAUCGUUGUGCCCGCCGCAGCGCCGCACAUUGAUGAGAGCAGCACCGCGGAGUCCCCUCUACAAGCGCAACGAUUGCAGAAAACACGGGAGGCUAAUGCGCAGGAUUGGGAGAGAGGCGCGCGGUACGCCGGCCUUCUACGGAGUCACUACGUCCCCCUCGUGCCGUUCUCCACCUUUGCCGCCCCCCUGAAAGGUCUCUGCACAAUCCCCACCAUCGCAGAAUACUCGGCGGCGGCCGGGCAGCCGCACUUUGCUCGACCCAAGGAGGAGGACUACUUGAUGUGUGGGGGAUUUCACCCCGGACCCGAGCUUUACUGCCGUCGUGGAAAGCCCCGGAUGGGGGUGGUGGAGCAGCAGACUGUGCAGCUCGAGAGGAUGUAUCCAUGCGAGGUGAUGCCCUUACCGCCUCGCAUCCUUGACCUACCCAGCAGCGCGAGCGUUCUCUUUCCCAUUUGA